GUCUUCUAUUUUUGUUCCUUUCUAGGUGUUUGCCAUUAGGUUCUGGCUUAUCCACAUAAAUCAUGGCAGAAGGCGGAUUUGAUCCCUGUGAAUGCAUUUGUGCUCAUGAACAUGCAAUGAGAAGGUUGAUCAAUCUGUUGAGACAAUCCCAGUCAUACUGCACAGACACGGAAUGCCUUCAGGAGUUGCCAGGACCAAAUUCCUCUGGUGACAACAGCGUCAGCUUUGCCAUGAUAAUGAUGGCCUGGGUGGUUAUUGCAUUUGUGUUGUUCUUGCUGAGACCUAGUAAUCUAAGAGGAUCCAACACAGUUGGAAAGCCCACCAGUCCACAUAGCGGACAAGAACCACCUGCCCCACCUGUGGAUUAGAACUUUAAAAUACCAGAAAUGUUCAGCGACUAAAUCUUGCACGACCAAAUGAACGAAAGUGACUGGAGUACUCCUAAACCCCACUCAAUACUGUUUUCCUUUUGCAUUUACAUAAAGCAAGAUGUUAUUUCCAUAAACUGCUAGUAGCUAUUUCACUUUUAAAGUUAAUUUUUGCUUUAUAUGUUAUUGCCAUUGAAUAAAUGAUAAGGAGCUACGGGGGGUCUUUUGGUUGUUGUUGUAACUGUGGACAUUCCACUCUUUCUGUUACACUGAUCAUAAUUUCUUUGCAGUGGUUUCUGGCCUUAAUUGAAAGAGAGUUAAAAUCCAUGUGCAUUUUUAUAUUCAUAGAAUUUUAUUGAUUAUUUUUCAGAUUUAGUCACAUUUCCCUCCCCCCCUUAUUUUUGGAAGUUACUUUAUUAGUUGCAGUCAUUAAGUUGAGUUUUUUGUGGUGGAAAAAAAUAAAAUUAUUUUAUAUUUACCUUGCUGCUCAAAGCAGCCUUUUGUUUAGUCUUUGGACUGAAUUUAACUAGUUUUCAGAGUUGUUUGCCAAAGCACAGAUCAUCUACUGGAAUUAAAGUCCAUAUGAGUGUUACUGCUGUCAAAACCUUGGCUUAAAUAUUAGGGACUAAAACAGAAUAUUAUAUCUCCAAACACUGAAUUGCAUGUGCCACUAAAUGAGAUGAAUUAGAAUUCAAUAUAUUGUUAAAGACAACUAAAACUUGAACAACCAUAUACUAAACUCUAAAACUGAAGUAAUUCUUUACAGACUUGAUAAAAUGACAAAUUAAAUGACAGUUAUCCUAAACAAUGUUCUGUCCUGGGUAUAAUCUUAAUCAGUAUCUUAACAGUCUUUAGCCCCAAUGCAUUAUCUGUUUAACAGAAUGAAAACAUACCAAACAAUUGCCUUCAGGAAUAUGCCACUUACUUAUAAGUUGCUUUUGACGUACAUAUAAUUAGUAAUACUUAAAGUUUUGAUCUUUUUUUACUUCCAAUUGGAUUGUACAAUAAAAAAAACAAAGGUUAAGAUCUAGGGCAUAUCUUUUCCCUUUCAUGCUUGCUUGCGUGGAUGUGUGCAUAUGUGCAUCUUCCAUUUUACCUAAUGGGAGUGAGUUUUAUAUGUACAUUAAGUAAUUUAAGAACAUUUUAAAGAUGUACAGAAAAGUAACAUUGUAUAUUUUUCUUGAUCAAUUAAAAAAUUGAUGAGGAUAACAUCAAGAUUCUUUUAUGUUAGUAGUUGUCUGUGAAGCUUCUUUCCAUGAAGGUCAGUAAAACCAAUCUGUGGAGAAUUAAGGGCCUUAUCCUGUAAACCUUUCCUCACGUAAGUCAUCUUACUCAUGUGAGUAGCCAAAAGGACUCCUAACAUUAAUAAUGGUUUGCAUUAAUGAGCCUUAGAAGAGCACCUUGUUGGAUCCUUUUGUUACCAGAUACAAGUUUCUUUUCCUCAGGGUAAAUAAAUAGCAGGUCAGCCAAACCUUCUUGUAAAAAUAUAGCAUGGACCUGAAGAAAGACUUCUAUAAUUUGAUGCAAGUGGUUGUCCAUUGAACUUCUCUGGAACAAUGUGUUCACAACCUAUAGUUGGGAGCACUUGUAAAAUAAUAUUGGGCCAGAUUCUCUUAAUUACACUAAUGCCACAUGCUGAAGACAGUAGAAUUUCAGAAGAGUAGUUGAGAGAACUUAUCCUAAUGUUAACUAAUGUCAUUCUGGGCCACAAAGAUUGUCUAAGGACCUCAUUGGGAUACCCAGUCCAACUGUGCUAGUUUUUGCCUUCCUUGUGCAUUUUUGUUUGAGAACUUUAGAACAGGGUAGGUAAUAUGUCAUCUUUUUCUUUGUUGAACCAACACAAAAGUAUGCAAUCUACCAUGUUGGCAGUUUCCUGAGAAUAAAUGGCCAAAGGUCUUCAAAUCUGGCUGCAUAAAAUUGGGCUUCAUUUCCAUAGUUAAGCAUAUACCUAGAAGGGGCUUUAUUUUAAAGAAACAGAACAAUGCUGGUGCCUGUUGAAGUCAGUAAGACUUGCAGGCACUUAGAACCUUUGAAAAUCAUAAUCUUUAUAUUUAAGUGCCUAAAUAUGUAUUUAGAAGGUUAACUUUGUGCACCCAGUUCAAAGAUUUUGGCAGAUUUAUGGCUCGGUGUUUUCUAUACAUUAUGACCAGAAAAAUUUAUUAAUCUGUGUGUGCAUUUCAUCAACAGGUUUUCUUAAAAUUCCUCUCAUUUUUUUCUUUAAAUUCUUCUAAGUUUAUCCAAAAGUUUUUAUAUACAUAUAUACUUUCCUUAUGAGAAUACUGUUUUAAAUUUUCUAUGUAAAAGAGAAACAUUGCAAAUCUAUUUUAAAUGUUUAAAUCUAUGUAAAAUGUUUUAGUACAUAGCCAGGCCACUAUCCCAUGUCACCACAUGUAUCUUUUAAAAUUCUGUGAUACUCUCUUCAAUAUAUAAACUUCAUGUCAUUAUUACUGCUUAAAGUAAAAGUAAUUUAUUCAUAUGAUUGUAUUUUGCCACUUUUAUUCAUGUUAAAUAGUACUUGUGUCAGCAAGCAGUUCCAUUAUAAUCUGUGGAACUGUCCUCUUAAUAGUGUACUAGCAACAUUACUGAGAGAGGCAAAAUGCAGCCAUAAUCAGUACAAUAUGUAAUGAAAUAUUUAUCAUGGUUACAAAAUUGUACACAGUAAAUUUUGAGGAAGCUUGAAAGAAAUUUGUGAUAUGCAAAGCUUUAGAAUGUGAUCAGUUGCAUAUUUAAUUACUUUAAACUCAGCUACUUAAGAGAGACAUGUUUUAGUGACAUGAAGAAAGAUGAGAUUUUACAGUUAUACUUUAGUUUAUAACUUUAGUUUAUAACUUGUUAAAGCAGUAGUAUUUUUAGAGUCUGCUUAACACCACUAUUCUGAAAUUAAAAGUUGCGUUACUCAGAUAGUGUCUGCUGAUCACCUAGCCUGUAAUGUUCAUAUUUGAAAAAGGAAAAGUGAUAAUGUAAAUUGGUGGUUUAAAAUGUCUGAAUCAUGCCAAACAAAAAUUGUCUCUGUGCCAUUUAGGGUUUCCUGUUAAUCUUUUAUUGAGUACUUGGAUUGGGGAAAAAAGGGCUUGUACUAUGCACUUUUUAUUGACUUAAUGAAAUAAAUAGCAAACAUUAGUAAC